AUGUAUUUCAAUGCAAGCUUGGCUAGUUUUGAAACACAGAAAGAUUUUGAACUGUUCAAAAAUUAUAUAUUGCAUAAUGAGCUAUCUGUAUCAAAUGCUUUAAUUGGACUUAUACGACAACAGCAUGGCUCAUAUGCUUGGAAGGAUUCAUCACCGGUAACAUUCCUAAAUUGGGCAAAAGAUGAACCGGCGGAUGAAAAAGGUCGAAUAAUACAGCAAUGUGUUAAGAUGGAACUGAGUGGUAACUACACCUGGCAUAGUAUUAAUUGUUGGCAAAGUACUCAUUAUUUGUGUUCAGCGCCGGUAUCUAAUGUAUUCCACCAUCCGCCGCCCACAAUGGAUAGUGAUAAUAAUGAAAUAUUUCCAUCAUCAAUCUUAUCAAAUGAUAAAGAAGUGAAAGAUAGGAGGAAAUUAUCCGAUGAUAAUGACAGCUACACUAGCAACAAUGAUCAAAAUUUAUUACCAAUAUCACCAUCACAAUCGAUAAGCGCAAUUAAUACUUUGGGUGAAAUCUGUUUAAUGUUCAUCAUAGUGUUAAGUAUGAUCGGUGGCAUACAACUAUGGAGACGAAAGCGACGAUUAUGCUUAAAUAAUCAACGAAUUAUUCAAUUUGAUCAACUUCAAAAUGAGGAAGAAAAUACCAUGUAA